UAUUUUCUGGUCCGCUGCACGGAGCGAACCCCUCCGCCGAAGCGCUGUGGGAGCGGCAGGAAUAACCUUGGUGUGAAUCGGCUGAGCGGCUGGAGAGAUGAGCGAGAGGCUGAACGGCGGCGGCAGCGGAAGAUCAGCGACUGCUGGCGUGAACAUGGCGGAGAAAGCACGCUCUCUCCUCGAAUACCGGGACCCUCACAACGACGGGGAAGGCGUGAAACCAUCACCAGCAAGUCGGGGGCGUGGCUGUGGAAGGAAAAGAAAAGGAACCCCUGUUAAAGUUUUUGUACCGCACAUGGAAGAAGAGAGCGUGCCUGAACGCAGCCUUACCCCAGGUGAUCGGAGGGACGGAGGACAGAAUAAACGCCCCACCCUGGACGGGCCUUUGUCUAACUCUGAGCCUGCUCCUCACAGCGGCAGCCCACCAGAGCACACUCUGGACAAAGCCACCUCUGGAUGUAAAUCCAGCUCAUGUUUAAGCUCCACACAAGCUCCAUCUUCAGCUCCAACACUUGUGCCUGCUCCUGCUCCUGCUCGUGCCCCGACCACCACAGCUUCGGUCCAGGCCCCCUCUCUGACCCCUGCUUCCACCGCUCCAGCUGCUCCAACAGCCUCUGCUCCCGCCCCGACAGCCAUGUCCUACCCUCCCUCCCCUAACUGUCGUAUCAGAGAGGUCCACUGUGGCAGCCAGGUUCGGCUGGUUGUUAUCGCCAUUCGAGACAUCACAAAGGGAGAGGAAAUCACCGUUGAUUACAGCCUGAUCGAGUGGGGGGAGAAUCUGGGUUUUCGUGCCACUGUUUCUCCAGCACAACAAGAAUGCAACUCUGACACUGAAAAUGGCAACAAUAUCAAAAAGGAGGAGGAGCCUCUCCCUUUAACCGCCCAGCAGCGGCGGCGACGACAGGACUACCUCACGCCCUCUUGGUCCCUGUCCCCAUCCUCCUCCCCCAUAUCUCACUCUGAUGCUAGUGACUCAGAUGCUGGAGACGAGGACAAGUCCAGCCCACGUGGACAUGCCCCCCGCCGGCGAAAGAAACGUCGCGGUGCUCCUUCUAAGAAGAAGACCCCUCAUCGGACGCCUCCUGGGCGCUCCCCACCUAUCUGCCCUUCUGGUGUCCCGCAUCUCAGUCGUCCACCUAAUUCGUCCCAGUCCUCUCCUCCCUGUUCGUCGUCCUCUACCUUCAUUAAGCCUGAGUUCAAGUCUCCUACUCUGCUGGGCGCCAGCUUCACAGGAAACAUCACCACAAAUUUCCAAAGAGGCGGAGCUUCCACCGACUCUGUUCGCCAAACCUGUGAGUACUGUGGACGCCACUUCCGCUCCCUGGGCCGACACUUGGACAAACACCACGCCCACCAGCCUGAUGUGUGCUCCGCCCUCGUUGAGCGCUACACGCAGAUGCCCCGCCUACAAGGUCAGAGCCUUUUCGCGACCGCGCUCAGCAAAGGACAGGGUGGCUGUUCAGAUCCUGUCCAAGGUGGUGCCCAGGACUUGUCCGUGUCUCCACCCACUCUCCCUGCAGACAACCAGUCCCACGCCUCCUCUGGGAGGAACUUCAUACCACCUGCGCUGACUCCCCCCUGUGGACAGAAUGCAGUGGCUGUGUCUGUCCUAAAAAGGAGCCCUCCCCCCGUGACCGUGGCUUCGUCCAGGAAGGGAGCGAUAAAGAGACCCAAGAAAGAAAAACAAUCGCAGGACACGGAGGAUGUGGAAGAUGAAUAUGAAGACGUGGAGGUCGUUGUAGUAAAUAGAUCCAAAGAGGAGGAGGUGGGGUGGGAACUGGGGUGUCCUCAGUCCUUCAGCAGCAAGACGGCCAAAGACGGAGAGAUACCAAAAAAGGACGAGGAUGAGGACAAUGAAGAGGAGGAGAAUGGAGUGAUGGAGGUGGAAGAUGAGAGUGGAGCCGAGGAUAAGGAUAAAGACCUGCUGAGUUCGGGGCGUCACCACAUGCUGCCCCUCCUUUCAUCCCUGUCCUCUCUGGUCCUUUACCUCCGGCGUCUCCAGCACUCUGCUUUCCUGUCCCUUUCCCGGCAGCUGCAGUCAGCUGAGGCCUGGCGCCUGCUCUGCCACUCCAGCCUGGUGCUCCUCAUCCUCUAUAACCGAAGACGUGAGUGUGAGGUCUCCAAGCUGACCAUCGUGGAGUAUCAUUCUCGUGCGACUCCACACAGCUCCGUUCCUAUCUCACCUGGAGCUUCUCCUGCUGUCACGCCGCUAGAGGCCUCCCUCUCCCCUUUUGAGCGACUGGUACUCCCUCAUCUCCCUAGAGUCGGAGUCCAAGGGAAACGCGGCCGGGUCCAGCCCCUCAUCCUUCCUCCCCACUGUGAACCCUGCCUGGAGCUCCUCCUGCAGACGCGACAGGAAGUAGGGGUUGAUCCUGCUAACCCGUACAUUUUUGCUCGGCCCUACCACUCUCCUGCCACUCCUCUGCGGGGUACUGACCUCCUUCGCAGCCUGGCUCGCUCCAGCGGUACCCGCAAUCCCCGUGCCCUGACGCAGACCAGGGUCCGCCGUCAGGUGGCGAUUCUGACCCAGCUCCUGCUCCUGGGAGAAGGAGAGGAGCCAGGGCAGCUGGGAGGAUGCGCCGUUGAGCGGUUGGAGCAUUUCCUUGAGAGGGAAUACCAUGUGACACAGAACUGCGCUGGGAUUGGUCACGACCCUGGUCUGAUGGGCAGAGUUGGCCGAGUCGUACUUUGUGGAGAGAGAGAUGGAGUUCUGUUCAGAGGAAUGAGCCUGAACCACAUCUGUCUGGAGCUGGAUGUUAUGUCAGGAAACUCUGCCGACUCCUUUUCAGAGGCAGAUUCGGACGGGGAGCACGGGAAGGAGAAGCCUGAAAUCCUCCUGCCAACUCCCGCUCUGAGCCCUCCGCCGACCCUGCUCUAUGUCAGGAAGGGUAAGAACAACGGGCGGGUGGGACGGCCUAAGAAGAUCAAGAACAUCCAUCCUCCUUCUUCUCUCCUCACUCCUCCUUCUCCACCACUUCUGUCAGCCAUUCGAAGGAGAGGAUCAGGAAAGCGAGGUGUCCUGAAACGUCCCUGGUCAGAGGCGGAGCGUGCAGCGGUUGAAGAGCACCUGACUCAAAACAUCAACGAGCUCCGUGUCCCCGCAAAGGCCGAAUGUGAACGCUGCCUGGAGCAGUGCCCCCUGCUGGUCAGCAACCAACGUGACUGGCGAGCUGUCAAGUUCUACUGCCACAACCGCAUUCAGCUGCUGAAGAAGAACCAACGCCGCGACAGUGAUCCCCUUCCUCUCACUGUCUGCUGAGAAUGUGUGUGUGUGUGCGCGCGUGCGUGUGAGAGUGGUGGCGGGGGGGGGGGGGGGUGUUUGAUAUCUAAUUCAGAGCAGCUGAUCAGAUGGUACCAAGCUGCCCUCAAAAUGCACUAAUUUUAAGAGUCCUAAUUUCUGCUCCGCUCUCUAGUUCAGUUCUGACCCCAGGUGGUAUUUCAGUUACAAGAACACAAAAUUUAAAUGUUUUUCUUUCUGCUGCUCUGAUGUAAGGUCUUAAAAUCACACCAAGUGAUCCAAUUCUGAUGGGUACGGUGGACUGGGACGUGUGGUUUUAGAGACUCCAUCGCAGCACCGCCUAUGUUCUCAUACAUGAAUAUUUUCUCCUUCCACAGUGUAAACACUAUGUUGAGAUGUAAACAAACAGGAAAGCUGAUCUACAGUGUUGUUUUCUGAAUGUUGUGAGGUAGCAUUUGUGUUUGAUGCACUAUUGGAGACAUUCUAGGACAUACAGCCUAUGGCUGGGUGACACUUUCCUUCAUAGCAGCUUUACGGUUAGAGUAGGCCAAGCUACAGCUAACAUUAUCCUCAGAUAAGCUAGUUCUCCUCUUCAUACAACUUACUGUGAACAGUUCUCUAUGAUUUCAUACCUGGACCUUGUAAUUUUCACGUGCGCUACUAGAUGAUAUAACUGUUUUAUAGUUAUGAAGAUUUACCUUUUUCCAGCUGAAUCUAGCAUCAGAAUGUUGAGAAGUUACUCUGUAAAGGUGAGUCCCGUCACAAAGUCCAGAAACAUACGAGUUGUUGUGAAACCUGUUGUUUCAUCUGCUUUUCAAGAUGUCUGCGGUUAGAAAAACGCCCCAAGCGACAAAAUGUUUGUGUUUCCUAUUUCUUGUGUUGCUGCCUGUUGCACAGUUGUUAUUCAAAGCAGUAAGAAGGUGCUAUGGGCCGUUGAGCUGGUUAUCACUUUAUAUGUGGAGAUCUUGUUAAAGGUUACAUGAAAAGGGGGCAUUUAUUGGAGAAGCAAACUGCUUUUAUUGUGUGUGUAUGUGUUGUCCUUCCCAGUGGCUAGACCUCCUCCUGUCUUUCCCCAACCACACUACAUCUCACAGCUCAACCAGUUUGGUUUUGCUUCAGUGUUGAUAAAAAUCUGCGUCUAAAAGACUCGAUCCUCCUCGAAACCUCGAAGCAGAUACUUGAAGUUGUUUGACUCUUUACGGUCUCUCACUUUCUUGCUCUAGUCAGGCCAGUUAAACUGUACAUAAUAAAUAUAUUGUCAUUACGCUAACUGUUUGUGCUAGACGUCAUAAAGCUUUCUCCAGGCCUGAUUUAUCUGUAUAUAAGUCUGUUUUGUAAAUACUCUCAGAAAAGCAAAGAAAAACAAUGUAUGACAUUCAAUGGUUAUUGUGAUGUUUUUCUUUUCUUUUUGGUUUUCUUUUUUAUAAAUCUUACUAAAACCUA